AAUACUGCCGUGACGUCACGACUUGAUUACUAAGUUCGUUGGGGCGUGCCUGCCCUUAUAGUUAUCUCAUUUAUGUGAUAAAAUGUUAAUAUCAAUGUACAAAUACGUACUUAUCUCACUGUUCUAUCUAUAUGUGUUUGCCCCUCAAAUCGAUGCCAACUGCACGAUACCGGUCACACUCAGGGGGAAAUGGUUCUCCCGGGAAAAUAAUGUAAAUAAUCAUGUCGAAAUCAACGAUCGGAUGAUGACUGAUCGUGGGGAAUGUGUGGACAUCCAGGAUCACUUCCAUGUAAAUUAUACGAUGCUUUUUAGGAACUACGAUUGUCACACUUGUGUGAAAAUAAUUGUCCGAACUGUUAAUGUCUUGGAAAAAAUUGAAACCCCUUGUUUUGCCGUAAAUCAUUACGAGGCAUCAGUGGAACGUGUAUGUCGCAAUUUGGACAGCAGUCAACAAAUUACAACUUUGUUCUCUGAAAAUUACGUCCCAAUUAACUGUCGGUCUUCACUUGAAGGAGUCUGGAAUUUUGCGUAUCAAAAUAGGUUCAAAUUUACGGGAGAGUGUCGUCAUCCUGAUGCCCAAAUUAAAUCUUGUCAAACGGCCGGAUCUCAGUUUUUAAUUUCCAAUCAGAAAUUCAACAUUACGUACAAGAAGUGCCCUGGAAUGACCGGGACUUUUGACGGAGUCGUCGAGUAUAGUUGUCUUGGAGCGUGGUUUGUUGGUAAAAACCAUUACUUUGCUGUGGCCAACACAAAAGAGUCACGAGAUGACGAGAAAUUCCGUUGUUUGUUAAAAAAUCGGGACGACGAUCUGUAUAUUGGUGUCUCAAUUACUGCCGAAUGUAACACGUUGAAGACUGUUGAACAGAGUCCCGAGAGGUUGCACAUAUGGCCAAUCAAGAGCGAGGUGGUCGAACCUGGCUGUCGCCUCCCUCAAAACUUUACCGGCGAAUGGAUCAACACUGCCAAUAUUGACGCCGAUAUCGUGAUAAACGAGACUCAUAUAAUCGAGACUUAUUAUCCCGACGAAGGUCGUUUCAGGAGGUCGAUCUAUGUCUGUCGGGAACAAAGGGAUACUAGGGUCAUGAUGGCGCGGUUAACAGUUGACGGCUGUCAAAAAGAUUAUGUCUGCUUCGAUUUUGUCCCCCAGCAUCACAACAUAAUUAGAUACCGGAAAGGCAUCGCUGUUAUUAAGGACGACUUCCCUACGGUCUGUUCGUGGGUGCAAUUCAAAAAUAAGGAGAAAUGGCGCUACGAUUUGUACUUAAAACGAAAUCCCGUACCGAUCAAAUGCCCUAUCGCCGGAAAAUUCAAUUUCACACAAAAGGGAGAAGUGCUUUUUGAAACACGUAUCUUGGGCGGUGUUACGCUGAGUCCACGCCCCAACACGUACUGUAAACAAAACAUUUCGGAUUUUUCGGUAUGCGAUACAGAACAAAAAGAAAUUGCCAUUGACGAGAAUUAUUGCCUGUCCGUGGAUCACUUGGGGCGGCCCGUGGAUAUUUACAGUGAUCCCGAUUAUAAAAUGAAAUGUAUCGGCUUUUGGAAAGAGAAUUUAAAGUCGUAUUUAAUCACCUACGAUGCGCUGGAUCCAUAUUCGAAGUAUCGGUGUUGGGUGUAUCAACGAGCCGACUUGAAUAGAAUUUUAAUGUCGCAAGCUAUCGGGCCGUUCUGUGAUCUGAAACAAGAUGUGACUUCGUGGAAUCACACGGAAGGCGCUGCUGUCGCUAUAGAGAUGCAGGAGUACGAGAGAGAACGUGACCAAUGUCCAAUGCACUUUGAUGACGGCAGCAAUCCAUGGCUAGAAUCGGAGGACGUCGUCCAAGUUCUUACCUUUGGAUUUUUAGGGACUGACUCAGGUAUUAUUAGCCAACCGUUUAUUCUUUUAUUAUCCGCGAGUAUAGCGAUUUUACACAUUUUAUGUUAAUCGAGUAAUUCAUCUACGAUUCGCGAUUUGAACUUAUUUUUCGGUGUCGGAGUAGGAAAGGUUCCAUACACCGUUUUAUUUUUUUUGAUUGCCAACAUUCUAUCUAAGUGUUCACUGCAAUACUUAUCAUUCCGCCUUUAUUAAAUGUAAGUAGUGAUAAAACUGUUUAUGUGGCCUUGAAUUGCCUUGAACUGUUAUGCAAUUUGCAUCAUUAUGUACUAUAAAAUUUUCAUCGCUGUGACAAUUGAUCCGUCCAUUUAUUUAAUAUUGUUUAGUUUUAAAGCAAAUUUACUAACGAUUGCGCACGAUCAUCAUGACUUUGCUAAGAGAAGUAUCAUUUAUCGUUAAUAAACCGACUUUUUUUUAUACAUAAUACUGUUAAGUCAAUUUGUAAUAUUUUGUAUGAUGAGAAUAAAUAUUGUUAAGGA